AAUCUCUCGAUGGAUGAUUGAUUGAUCCCGAAUGUGCAUCCAUUCGUCCUCAAUCAGCUCGCCAUUUAUCCUCCAUCUCGCGCAACUGCAACCAGUCUGUCACGCUCCAAAGGGGUGCCACAUGUCGUGUUGUCCCUGCCCACCGUUGAGAUGGCGCCGAUGAUUGUGCUCCCAGUGCCUCGCCCAGAGCCCAGAGCGAAGUCACAGUCAACGUCGCCGACACGGUCAGCAGCAGUUGCUUCGACGCACAUCACCGCGCAGAACGGUGCGAGCAGGCAUCCGUCGACGGCUAGAAACGAUGCCGAAGUGUCGAAGAGGACGCUGCUGCAUCUUCGACGUGCGUCUGGGACAAAUGUGCGCGUCGUCAUGCGACAACAUCGCGGAUGCUCCCCCUCGCCCAUCACGCUGGACAAUAUGACCGAUGAUGAGGCGGGUGCCGAGACCAUCUCAUCCACAUCGACGAGUGGCUUGCCUCGCCUACGCGCCCGGUCGGGCCUGCGAUUCAGAUCUGCUUCCGCCACAUCUGUUUCGGCCAGCUCGGACUCAACGCUGACGCCCCACGGCUCGGACGAGGUAGAUGGCACGGGCAGCCCUUCAUCUGAUAGCAUCUCUUCAAGGACCACACCUCCUAGCUACAGGCGCGGAAAUGGAACGUCGAAGGAGAAGGCGGCCGAACACGUGGGUAGUGACGACACAAACGAAAACGAAGCGAGCGAGUCAUCAGCACUCGAGAAUAUGUCGACUGGUGACGUUGCGGUACCUGCGUUCGGGAGGCCUUCUUCCGAUGCAGAACGCGAUCUGGGCAGGCUCUUUGAGGCCGUACAAGGCGCCCGGAGAAUCACCGUGAUAUGUGGCGCUGGAAUAUCUGUCUCGCCGCCCGCCAACAUUCCAGACUUUCGCUCCAGCCAAGGGCUCUUCAGGAAGCUCAAGGAACAGCACCCAAAUGCAGGUCUUUCUAGUGGCAAGGACCUCUUCGACGCUCGCCUGUUUCAGUCGGAUGCCACGACCGAUUUAUUUCACGGCAUGAUCGCUGAGCUCAAGCGGAUGGCUGACGUAGCGCAGCCUACGAGCUUCCACCAUUUGCUCAAGAUGCUCGACGAGCAAGGCCGGCUCCUACGCGUCUACACUCAGAAUAUCGACGGCCUCGAGAUGCGCGCCGGCCUCUCUUUUGGCCUCGGUGAGAAUGGUGAUGGCGCCACCAAACCUGUUCGUGCAGCGAGCGCAAAGAGAAAGAGGACCACCAACACCAACAGCAAGGAUGUUCGCAGCAUUGAAAAUAUGGACCGCGCUGCUCCUACGCCCAGCAAACCAGCCCCACCAGUGGCAAAAGACAGCCUUGCCGGCAGACGCUCAUGGGUCAGAUCCCAGUCCGACUCUGCUCUGCUUUGGUCCAAUUCGAUAUCAAACGCUUCCGCUGCCUCUACCGAGCAAGUCGUUGGCCCACCACCGAUGUUUCCACGCUGCAUUCCUCUCCACGGCUCGUUGCAUACAAUCACCUGCGGCAUCUGCGCGUUUAAGUUGGACAUCAGUCCGGACAUGGGUCUGGAUGGCCCCAACACCCCGCCACCGAACCUCGGCGCGACGGUCAGCAAGCCGAGCGAUGCGCUUGAGCUGCUGCUCCAAGGACAGCCGAUCCCGUGUCCGCGUUGCGAGGUGGCGGAUGAAGUGCGCACGAGCAACGGCAUGCGCUCGCGCGGCAUUGGCCUCAUGAAGGUCGAUGUUGUCCUCUACGGCGGACAGAACAACUCGGCAGAGAGGGUGGGCGAAUGCAUCAGCAGAGACAUCCUGGGCCUGCGAGAUCCCAACGAGACGCCCGUCCCGGAGAGUUUCAGAGAGACGCAGGCGAGAGAGAGGAGGGAAAAGAACAUGGCGCAGCAGAAAAAAGAGGAGGAGGUGAAGGUAAAAGCAGCCGCGGCAUCUACAGCCAAGGCCGAAAGCCAGGUGGAGGUGAUUGGGAUUCUAGAAACAGCAAGCAGCGCCGACAGCGGCAGAGGCAGCACGCCUGAAAAGCCUUUCCACAAGCGCAAAUUCACACCGUCCAAGUCCGAAGGGCAGAAGGUUUUUCGAACAGGUAUGCUCCGCUUCGAGCAGCGCAGCAGCAAUGCAGGGGGUGCAGGCGAGACGACCGCGAAAAGCGGAGUUGACGACGUGGUGGUGGAAGGCGAGGAGCAUAGAUAUAGCGGGAGCAUCAUCCCUGAUCCAGAUGCGGUUGCAGAUGGGCGUCGCGAUCUGGACGAUGUCUUUGCGCAGCAUUUUCACGCCGACGAUGAUUCGCAGGACAACGAUGUCGCGUUGAUUACCAGAAUCAAGGUGGACACGACUAUCGACCAGUCGCCUCAGGUGAUUGCCCCCAACACUGCUACGCAGGCGGUCACAGCCUGUGCAAGCGAUGCCCCGCUUCUGCCGUCCAAGGCUACACUUGCGAUUAGCAAUGCUGACAGGCCACCACCCUCGCCGACCAAACCCGAGAAGAAGAGCAAGGUGAAGCUUAAGCCGCUCCCACCCGAUCUGCUCAUCGUCGCCGGCACGUCGCUUAAGGUACCGGGUACGAAGCGCAUCGUACGCGAAUUCGCAAAGGCCUGCCGUGCGCGCGACCGUCGCGUCUAUCCCUCUGACGAAGAUGAUGGAGACGGCCCCGAUGAGGGGCUUGGUCGUCGUUCCGCUAGGAGCUGCAGUCGCAAAGGCAAGUCGGGCAACAGCGAGGAAGAGGGAGAAGAUUCUGAAGAGGAGGAAGACCCCAAGGCCCCAAUCCGCACGGUGCUGAUCAACUACGACUUCCCUAUUCCCAACAAGGAGUGGGAGGGCGUUUUUGACCUCUGGCUGCAAGGCGACGUGCAAGCAGCUGCACGAGGUCUGGCACCUACCGCCGAAAGCAGCAUUGAUUCGGGCUUGACAAUCACGGAGCAAUUCCAGCUCUCUGAGCAUUUCCGUGGGGAGUACGCACCUACAGAAGAGGACAGCUGGUUCCGGUACAAGGCGCAACUCGAAGAGAUGCGCAAGGCCGAUCGGCGUCAGAAGAGCCGAAAGUCGAACGGCAAUACCGCGGAGAACACGAUUAAGGACUCCGUUGCGAACCUGAGUAAGAGUCCGGGUAAGGGCAAGGCGGGCGCAAGUGCCAACGCGAUUGAGAUUGCGGCUGGAAAGGCGAAGGUAAGGGAGACCCCUUCGUCGAAGAAAGGUAGCAGAUCUAGCACGGCCGCGCGUGUGCCGAAGAAGAGCGUCUCGCCUGCAAAGAAGAAGGUCAAGUCAUCCGCCUCGCCUUCGCCAAAGGCGAAAGAAGCUGUCGUGGAGCUGUCACAGCAAAAACAGAUGGCCAAGCACAGAGCGAAGGCGACGACCACCGCCAACUCCACCAAGGCAAAGUCAAAGUCGAAGGCCGAAGGCGAGAAUGCAAAGAUCACGAGCAUGCUGCGUGCGGGAGUGGCAAGCUCGAAAAAGAAGACCUCGAGCAUCGCUGGCAGGGAGGGCGUAAAGUCGUCAUAAAGGCGAGCGUACGUGCAAGGCGACUACGCCGUUUAUGUACAUGGAUUAUAAUACAGACAACAUCUUGGG